ACAAAAACAAGAGCUUGCUCGUCCCUUCCACAUUCACAAACUACGGCGCCAUCUUCGUGUAGAAUUCACUGAGGUGGAUAUGCACUCGCGCAUCAAACAAGGCUCUACAAGGGGAGUCAGAGAUGAACAGAGCCAAGGCCGGCAGCGACGCGCCUUUUGCUGAUAAUUACGUCUCUGGCGGCGGUCACGGUUCCGCGGGCCCUCCGUCGGGCGGAGGGGUUCUGAAAAGGCUCAAGUCGUGGAGGAAUCAGGUGGACUGCAGGCCCGUCACUGAGGAGGACCUGCGGGCGCAGAAUGGAAACGUCACACCGGAGGAUGUCCUCGGACUGCGGGUGGCUACACAAGGCUACCUUUGUAAACCCAAGGAAAAUAUUUAUAAUAUCGACUUUGUACGCUUCAAUAUCAGAGACCUGGAAACCGGCACCGUUCUGUUUGAGAUAGCCAAACCACCGCACUCAGGAUUAUGUAGGUCGAUGGAAUUGGAAGUUGAUGUCUUCCUGUGCUAUGCCUUGGAGAGGAGGAUGAGGAAAAUCGAGCGAGCGAUGCAAGCACAGGCCGGUUUGUACACUACCAGUUCAUCCGCGGCCUUUCUACGCCUGAUGACCGUGGAAGCCACAGUGGAAUUCACAGUGGGGAACCGAGCUCUCAACAACUUCCGAAUGAUCGAGUGGCACUAUUUCCGUGAUUGCCUACUGAAAAGCGUCAACUUCGGCUUCUGCAUCCCUAACAGUCAGAAUACUUGCGAGCACAUCUACGAGUUCCCUCAACUGUCUGAGAGCUUGGGGAGGCGUCCAGGAGGCAACCUAAUCAGAUGCCCGAGCCACCUCAUCUGGCUCCUUUCAAUGGGGAGGAGCAGCAGCUCUAUUCUGCUGCCCGGAUGACCCAGCUUCUCACCCUAUCUCUAAGGGAGAGCCCAAACACGCUGCAGAAGAAACUCACCUCGUGACAAUAGCUGAGGGUAGGAAUGUAGAUCGACCGGUAAAUUGAGAACUUUCGGCUUUGCUCCUUCUUCACCACGAUGGACCGAUACAAAGUCUGAAUCACUGCAGAUGCUGUACUGCGCCGCCUUUUGAUCUCCCAUUCCAUUCUUCCCUCACUCGUGAAUAAGACCGCAAGAUACCUGAACUCCUCCACUUGGGGCAGGAUCUCAUCCCCGACCAGGAGAGGGCACUCCACUGUUUUCUGACUGAGGACCAUGGUCUCAGAUUUGGAGGUGCUGAUUUUCAUCCCAACCACUUCACACUCGACUGUGAACCGCUCCAGUGAGAGUUGGAGAUCAUGGCUUGAUGAAGCCAACAGCACCACAUCAUCUGCAAAAAGCAGAGAUGCAAUACUGAGGCCACCAAACCAGACCCCCGUACACCUCGGCUGCACCUAAAAUUCUGUCCAUAAAAGUUAUGAACAGAAUCGGUGACAAAGGGCAGCCUUGGCGGAAACGGAUCCGACUUACUGCCAGCAAUGCGGGCCAAACUCUGAUACCGGUCAUACGGGGACCGAACAACCCAUAUCAGGGGGUUUGGUACCCCAUACUUCCGAAGCUCACCCCACAGGACUUCCCGAGGGACACAGUUGAAUGCCUUCUCCAAGUCCACAAAACACAUGUAGACUGGUUGGGCGAACUCCCAUGCACCCUUGAGGACCCUGCCGAGGGCGUAGAGCUGGUCCACUGUUCUACGGCCAGGAAAAAAACCACGCUGCUCCUCCUGAAUCUGAGAUUUGACUUCCCGAUGGACCCUCCUCUCCAACAUCCCUGAAUAGACCUUUCCAGGGAGGCUGAGGAGUGUGAUCCCCCUAUAGUUGGAACACACCCUCCGGUCCUCUUUCGUAAAAAGGGGUCCCACCACCCAAAUCUGCCAAUCCAGAGGCACUGUCCCCGAUGCCCAUGCAAUUUUGCAGAGGUGUGUCAACCAGGACAGCCCCACAACAAAACGUAUUCCAAUAUUUAUAUACAUCAUAGGGGUAAUUUCCCUCACAGUGGUUGGGAAUCACAGACAGAGGACAUUUGUUCAGAUGGCAUGAGAUAAUUCCCACUCAAAAAGACCAUUCCCAAUCCCCCUGGGAUUGACUGGCAACUCGUCCAGGGUAUAGUCUUUCUUUCACCUUAGGAACGUUAAACCCUGAUCUGAGUUGGGUUUCCAAUGUGGAGUGUGUAGUUGGGAUGAGGAUGAGUGUGUCAGCUAGAAAAAUAGCGUGACAUCAUCGGAAUAUGACAGUGUUGGUGUAACCCACAAAUGAAGUCAACAAAAGAGGCAGAUUAUGACAAUGCAAACAAAGGGUCACAAUGCAGGACAUCCAGCAUUUUGUUUUCUUUUUUUCUUGACGUGGUUUGUUUGAGGAUCCCUUUGUCUUCUUACUAUUCCAUUACUGUUGCUGCACCGAAGUGACAAUUCUCCAAAACAAAUGACUCACUGUAUGCCAGUGGAGGAUGAUACAGGACAGAUCAGUUAUUUUAGCUUAGUUUCCACCUCAUUGUAUUGUUCGCUUCAGUUUUCAUUUUCAGUACCCUUUGUUGUACCCGGCUUGUGAUGGGGGGAGCUGGACAGAGAAAUGACUGCCUUAUGUAUGACAAUAAAAUGUUAAUUGUUUGUUUGGUUAAUUGGCAAUUCACCAAGUCACGCUGGUCUGAUUUGAAUUUACACUAUUUUUGUUGCAGACGCAGCCAUCCCACCUACAACCUCCAGUUUGAUCUGGAUUUAUUGAUAUGAAACGUAACGUAGCCAAAUGAACUGAACCAUCCAUUUGCCUGAAAAAUCCAGCCUUACUACAUGGGUGUCAGUGUCAAAAGGUGCCCAGGGACAUAUUUGUAGCUUAUCGGCUCAUGAAAUAGUACAGUUACUUUGGAGUUCAAUGAUGAAACUAUGGAGUACAUUAGUGUAAAUUGUACACUGAGGGGUAGAAGUGGACACUAUUUCUUGAUUUGAACAUAAAAUUAAAAAAAAAUUAAAAAAUAACAUUCUCCAGUGUAAUUUACACUGAUUUUGUCGAGAGGAGGGAAGAUCAGAGCGAUCAAUCACCUUUCCAAUGCGUCAUGCACAUUUGAGCAUUGUAUCAACACCCGCUGGGUAUUUCAAGUCUCAUUUUAUUCGUUCAUAUGCAGGUACGCCUGCUUCUCCUUUUGUUUUGUUUUUUUCACAUAGACAUAGCCUUAGGAAUUAGAAAGGACCUCAUUGUCAUAUGUUAGCACGUGUUUCUAAUGUACCGCUGAUAAUCAGAACCUAGUACUACCCACAACGUGACUUAGAGGUUGCUAACAUGCUUCUGUUGUCCGCUGUUUCUUCAGUUCGUCUGAUGGUGGACUGUCCCUACGAGACCCGCUCCGACAGUUUUUAUUUUGUGGAAAACAGACUGGUCAUGCACAACAAGGCAGACUAUACCUAUAAUGGAGGACGCUGCAUGGAACAUGUCCUAACAAACA